AUAGGGACUCAGGUGAAGGGUCUUUGGCGACCUGCCUACCCCUUUUCCCCAACACUUUCUUUCACCUCACCUGCAGUUGCACCCUUACCGACCAGGUCCCUGACCAAGCCGCUCUGUCAGCACGAUCCCAGUUGCCAAGCUCGCCUCCCCUUCUCCUCCCGCGCAUCGGUUGCCUCGCUUUCCCAAACGCCUCCCUCGUUCUCUCCAGGCGCCGCUGCCUUCGCGGGCGACGUGGGAAACUCACGCGGCAAAAGAGGCGGAGUCGGCGCCUUCUUUUUUCUCUCCGCGCCUUCUUUCUCGGCCAAUCCCCUUCCCAGCCCGCUCUGUCCGGACACCAACUUUGAGCCAAUCCGAAGGCUGCGGGGCGGAGUUUGCCAAGUUGGGCCGCGGCUCCCCCGCGCCCGGGCAGCUAUUGGCAGAGCGCGACAGCCCCUCAUUGUGUCUAUGAUAAUCAGGGCGGCGGAGGCGUGCUGCCCCUGCUCUGCCUCCCCGGGCUGCGCUGCCUCCUCCGCCCAAGGCAACCCGGCUUCUAUUUAAGCGCCGCGGCGGCUCCCCGAGAUUCCCGAAGAUGACGGCGCCUCCGCCACUGGCCUCCGCAGCCCCAGGCUCCGCGCCCGAGCCCGGAUGGGAGAAGGCAGCGCGGCGACCGGCACCGGUGGCUGGAAGGCUCGGCUCCCGCUUCUCCGGACGCUGGCAUUAGCCGGUCCCGCGGCGGCUGCCAUGAGCUGCUCCGACGUGGUGAGGCACCAGCCGCAGGCGACGUGCUGCCCGCCCCAGCUCAAGCUGCCCGGCGCCGUAGCUGCGGGUCCCGCCGCCCCCGCCGCCUUUCCUGCGCCGCCCUUCGCGCACAGCCAGCAGAGUAAGCUAGCUGUAUACAGCAAGAUGCAGGAAUCUCUGGAAGCGACCCUUCCUAAUAAACAAGAGGAAGAUGAGAAAGACCAGCCUACUGAUAUGGAGUACCUUAACUCUCGCUGCGUCCUUUUCACUUACUUUCAGGGUGAUAUUGGGUCAGUAGUGGAUGAACACUUCUCAAGAGCUUUAAACCAAGCUAGUCGCUUCAGUCCAGAGACUAACAUUUCAAAAAGCAAGACAGGGCUAUGGAGAGAGAAUGCAACAAUCGCAAGCCAGAGGAGUGGUUUCCCAGCUUCGUUUUGGACCAGUUCUUAUCAAACUCCACCUCCACCAUGCUUAAGUGGAGUUCAUCAUGACUUUCCUGUUACUGCACCAGGCACCUUCUCAGCAGCAGAUCCCAGCAGCUGGCCAGGACAUACUCUGCAUCAGACUGCUCCACCUCCUCCGCCGAGUAUGCCAGAAUCUUGGCACUAUCCAUUAGCAUCUCAGGUGAGCCCUUCAUAUGGACACAUGCAUGAUGUAUACAUGCACCGCCACCAUCCUCAUGCACACAUGCACCAUCAUCACCACCCGACUUCGCACCUUGACCCACGGUACAGAUCUUUGCUGAUGCCUUCAGUUUGCGCAGGCAAGAUUCCUCCACCACAGUGUGAUGCAACAAAGACAGAUCCUACUGCUGUCACCAGUGCUACCUCAGCAUGGGCAGGAGCCUUUCAUGGAACAGUUGACAUUGUGCCAACUUUUGGGUUUGACACAGGCAUCCAACAUCAGGACAAAAGUAAGGAGACAUCAUGGUUCUGAAGUACCAAAAAAUGGAUUUUACCAGUAACCAGUGUUAAAAGAGUUCCCAUCUUGUGAAGGAGAUACUACAGUAUUAUUAUUUUUUACUGUUUCUUCACGGUGGCAAUAAACAUUAUACUAAGCAGAUGAUGAGCAAACCAGCCAUAUGUUUUUUGGAUGGAGCCUUUACCUCCAGAAGGUCAUUUUAAAGUCCCAGGACAUGAAGAAAAAAUCGAAAACCUUUCUUUUGUAUAUCAUUUGUCAUCUGAGCCUGCUAAAGCAUUUCUCCAAUCUAACUUCUCUAUGCUCCUUUUAACAGUGUUUUGCUUAGAUGUGUGCCAUGGUCUAUAUACUAACGCAUACCCUUGACUGUCAGGAGAGACCUAGCUUUGAGCUAGAGUCCUCCUUCAGGAAUGCAGUUUUUGUAGUUCUUUAUGCAUCUAUUUUUGUAGAAAUACAGAAAGUUUGCAUCAGCACUGGUGGGCUAUUUUAGAACAAUGUAUUUUUUAAAAUUUAAAGUUUUGAAAAUUUUAAGUUCUGUUUUAAAGAACUUGCUCUCAGAGACGCACUGGCAAACCUUUUGAAAUGCAUAGGUUUUUAAAUGUCUGAUGUGGUUGUAUGAGAUUUUGUUGUUGUGACCUGAAGUAUCUUGUCAUGAUCAAACGGUUCAGUCCCCCAUAUAACAACCCCACAAGAUCUUGAAUGUACUUUGGCUUUCGCUUAAGCAAUUGUUCAAAUGUAAAAUAGUGUCUACGGCAGUGCUCUUUCGUUGAAAAAUGACUAUUUGCUUUGCUGCUUCUGAUGACAACUUUGAACUGGGUACCUGAUAAGAAUAUGUUGCUGAAACAAUGAAGUACAGACGCUUUUAACUGAAAUCCUAAACAGAUGGGUAGCCUUGAGCCUUUAAAUUAAUCUCAGCUGCAGUGUUAACAUGACAGUAGCUGAAGAGAGAUGCAGCACCUUGUUGCUUGAGGUACAUACCCUACUUUCCUGCCAACCUCCACCUAUAACCUGCUAGAACAUAGAGUGGGAUUCCAAGAGCAAGUUUAGGUGUGUUCAAGGGACUGUGUGCACCGUUUAAUUUUUCACUGUUUUCCUCUUGAAGGGUAAACUGAUUUAGAAGAUCUUUCCCUAGCCAUACCAUUCUUUGGAUCCAGACCAGAGCUUAGCCAAUAAUUGCACUGGUCUAUGGAGCAUGUUAAAUGCCUUGCACAAAGACACUAGUACGGUUGUCUAAGUACAAGCAUGAACACAGCACAGUAAGCUUUCGAUGGUGCCACAGUUCUGGGGAUAGCACCUUGUAGCACAGCUAGGGCCAUUUUUUUGGCCUGUUAGCUGCUGUGCUGUUCAUAGAAACAGGAUCUUCACUGAAAAAUUCAUUGAAUAUCAAUGGGGCACACAAAUAGGUAUCAAGACUAUUAAUUACCUAGCUUAUAACCAAACAUACUAUUAUUGGGCUGGGUUGUUUUUUUUUUGGAGGGUGGGGUGAUAUUUCCAAUGAACCAUUCUUGUGAUGAGGAAAAAAAUCUAACAGGAAUUAUAGAGUCUGAAGCAUAUUUUGCAAGUAUUGAUAGGUCGUGGGGGGACCUUUCCACCAAUGGCUUUUGCAUUCUGAAUCAGCCCCUUUUUGGUGCGAAAACUUUGUAUAUUCCAAAAAGCUCAGUAUUUUCAAAUCCUGGAAUAAAGCUACUCGUUUUCCACAAUCUGGUGUCAGCUGGCAGUCCAUUGAGUGCUGCCUUCACUACUCUUCAAUACAAUUAAAUUAGGAAGUCAUUGGCUAAACCGAAUUUGCCCACAGAUCCAUAAUCAGCAAGACAUUUCUAGAAUAUGUGCUAAAGUUAAACCUGUGGUGAGAUUCUUCAGUAGUCUGAGGUCUAAAGCAGGUACAUGAAGCAGCAUGCAUGCAAACAGGACUUAUUAGGGCUCGUCUAGACUUCUGCUUGUGCCACAUUUCUAGGCCCAGCUCUAGCCUUUAAAUUUCUGUGUCUGAAUAUUGGUUUUGCUUGUUUGUUUUUUGACCUGGUGCUUUCCCUGUGAAAACCCACAUUAUACCGCUGAAUCAGAGCCAACAGCAAUUGGGUUUUCCACAGAUUACCAUUUGCUCCAAUUCGGCGGUAAAAUGUGGGUUAUCCCAGAGAAAGAGCCAGGGGAAAACAAAAAACAAAAAACACCCACUGGACACAGAGCUUUAAAGCACAUAACUGUAUCUGGAAAGGAAUUCUGGAGGAGCCCUAAGUGCUACAAACUGCUGCUUCAACUUGAAGGAAAUUCCAAUGCAGGGAAUGUUCCUCCUGAUUGAAAAAAAUAAAACAUAAGCUCCU